GCAUCUGUAUGGACACGUCUCGGCGACGGAGGACGAUAACAUGGCGGCCUCCUUGCGUUUGGGUCGUCAGGGAAUGUUAUUUGGCCUCAGACUGAAUAAUUUUAAUAAAUGUUUAAGGUCGACACACCAAUGGCAAGACCAAGUCAGACACUUCUUUCGGUCGCCAUGGGUACUCGGUGUCAGUCCACUCAAAGUGCAGAUGCCCGCACUCUCUCCUACCAUGGAGCAGGGAAACAUAGUCAAAUGGCUGAAGAAGGAAGGUGAGGCAGUGGCAGCAGGUGAUGCUCUUUGCGAGAUUGAGACUGACAAGGCUGUGGUUACCAUGGAAUCUAACGAUGACGGCGUCUUGGCGAAGAUAUUGAUGGAAGAGGGUAGUCGCAAUGUGCGCCUUGGCACUCUCAUUGCUCUCAUGGUGGAGGAAGGGCAGGACUGGAAACAUGUAGAAAUCCCCUCUCCAGAUGCUGCACCUCCAUCUGAAGCUACACCUGCUACACAAGCAGCUGCUACCUCGGUUGUGACCUCUUCUGCUCCCUCUCCACCUUCUGCACCAAAACCAGUCACAUCAGGACAGUUACGUCUGAGCCCAGCAGCACGACACAUUCUGGACACUCACGGUUUAGAUCCAAAACUGGCCACACCCACAGGACCUAGAGGAAUAAUCACAAAGGAAGAUGCACUGAAUCUUCUGAAAGCAUCUCCUGCUCCCAAAGCAGUGCCAUCUGUGGUCGCCUCAACUCCUCCAAGUCCCAUCUCUGCUCCAGCAGCCAGUCCUCCACCUCCAGGAAGCAGACCAAACAUACCUCCAUUGUCUGUACCGGGAAAACCAGGAGCACCGGGAACUUUCACUGAGGUUCCAGCUUCAAAUGUCCGCCGUGUGAUUGCUCAAAGGCUAACCCAGUCAAAGACCACCAUCCCCCAUUCAUAUGCAUCCAUCGACUGUGACAUGGCUGCUGUCAUGCAGCUCCGCAAAGAUCUAGCCAAAGAGCAGAUUAAAGUGUCUGUUAAUGACUUCAUCAUCAAGGCAGCAGCUGUUACACUCAGAGAAAUGCCAGAAGUGAAUGUGACUUGGUCUGGUGAUGGAGCCCGUGCACUUGAUUCAGUGCAUAUUUCUAUUGCUGUGGCAACAGACAAAGGGCUCAUUACUCCAAUCAUCAAGGAUGCUGCAAACAAAGGAGUCCAGGAGAUCUCAUCCAAUGCUAAGGCUCUAGCCCAGAAGGCUCGAGAUGGGAAACUGCUUCCUGAGGAAUACCAGGGAGGCUCAUUUAGUAUAUCUAACCUAGGGAUGUUCGGAAUCAGUGGCUUCAGUGCUGUGAUUAACCCGCCUCAGGCAUGUAUCCUUGCUGUUGGGACGUCCAGGGCUGAACUGCAGCUCUGUGAGGAUGAUCAGACCCUGUCCACUAAGCAGCUGAUGACAGUUACGUUGUCCAGUGACGGGCGACUAGUGGACGACGAAUUAGCAUCGCGGUUUCUUGAUAAAUUCCGAGCCAACCUAGAAAAACCACAACGCAUGGCCCUGGUGUGAAAAAACAAACAGAGAGAGCUUUAUAAAAGGGAAUUUAUCGAUACAGGAAGAAACACCUACAUGACAAAGCCUGGCUCAUGUUUUCACAGCCAGAGAGCUCUUAAAAAGUUUGUUUCCAAUUAAGGCUUACAGAGUAGAAUUGUACGUAAUUUAAAGUUAAUUUUUUGGACUACUUCUGACUGAUGAUCACCAGGCUUUGUGAUGGAGGAGUUAUGGGGACUCAGCUAGAGUGGAGGAAGAUUCUUGGUGCCAAAUUACCAAGAAUCUGAUUGGUCUACCACACUAGUGUUGUGUACAUAAAGUGUUUCGAGUCCAGCUCAACUGCUGUUUCGCAGUCAAGUGUAUCUGCUCGAUGUCAGUGUUGGUAAAAACUCUCAAAACUUCACUAUACAUUUCUACAACAAAGAUAUACAUUACUGAACAAUAAAACUGGCAAUACAAUUUCCAUUUAGAUUGAUAACCCAUGUAAAACGGUUUCUGUUACAAAAUUUAAGAAUCUAAUUGUUUUAUUAUUAAUUUUUCCUAUUAAUAUGUUUUAACUUAUUUAAAAUCGACUACACUGGAGAACAAAUCCUUCAAAUUCAGCUGUAUACAAAUCAAGGUUGCCAAUAAAACACAUUGUUCAAUCUUAAAA